UAUUUUGCCAAGGGGGAAUACAUGGCUUCGACCGCUUUGCUCUCGCCCAUGGUGGAUUACUACAACGACGAAGAAGAGCUCGACAGCGUGGACGACGACGACGACCGCAGCUUCAGAGGCAGAGACUCGGAAGAAGCUACGUAACUGGCAGCAAGCAGGCGCUCGGUGUCCGGCGUCCUGCCCUUUUCACGCCAUUCAUUGAGACGCCAAAGAGACAGACAGACAGACGAGGGAGGGGGACGCGAUGACAGCCAUCCAAGACACGGAAGAUGCCAGCGAAACCGACCUCGCCAAGCACGAUGAGGACGACUAUGUGGAGAUCAAGGAGCAAAUGUACCAGGACAAACUGGCCUCCUUGAAAAGACAACUGCAGCAAUUACAAGAAGGCACACUGCAGGAGUACCAGAAGAGGAUGAAGAAGUUGGACCAGCAGUACAAAGAGAGGCUCCGCAAUGCAGAUCUGUUUCUUCAGCUUGAGACGGACCAGGUGGACAGGAACUACGUCAAGGAGAAGAAGGCAGCGGUGAAGGAGUUCGAUGACAAGAAGGUGGAACUGAAGGAGAACCUCAUCGCCGAGCUGGAGGAGAAGAAGAAGAUGAUAGAGAAUGAGAAACUAACCAUGGAGCUAACGGGUGAUUCCAUGGAGGUGAAACCCAUCAUGACACGGAAGCUGAGGAGACGACCCAACGACCCGGUGCCUAUCCCUGACAAACGAAGAAAGCCGGCACCUGCGCAGCUGAAUUACCUUCUCACGGACGAUCAGAUCAUGGAAGACCUGAGAACGUUAAAUAAGCUCAAGUCACCCAAGCGAGCAGUGUCCCCCUCGUCCCCGGAGCACGUGCCCUCCGCCCCCAUGGAGUACCCGUCCCAGCGCUUCGAGGCUCGCAUCGAGGAGGGACGCCUCUACUACGACAAAAGAUGGUACCACAAGAGCCAGGCCGUCUAUCUGGAGUCUAAAGACAACACAAAGAUCAGCUGCGUCAUCAGCUCAGUGGGCACCAAUGAGAUUUGGGUGAGGAAAACGAGCGACAGCACAAAGAUGAGGAUCUACCUGGGCCAGCUGCAAAGGGGGGCCUUCGUCAUCCGGCGGCGCUCGGCGGCGUGAGAAUGUCAUUGCCGCCAUCACACUGUACUUUUUUACCCAAAUUUGGACAUUUAUGUAACCCCCCAACCUGUACACCCUGCUCCAUCUUACACAUGUCUCAUCCGCUUUUAUUUGUUUUUCUAUUUUUCUCAGAAUAAACGUGAUUCCAUUGAAGACGUGAGCGACGCUA